GUGCAGCAUAGUACGUGUAUCAGUAUGUAUAUGUAUAUUCAUUGAUUUCAUGAACACAGUAAAGAUUUUUAAAGUGGACAGAAAUACUACAUCCUGGUAAUCAAACAGAAAAAAACCCAUUGACAAUGGCUUCAAAAAGUCCAGGCAAACUUCAACCUGCAGAUUUUAUAGAGAAACUAUACAAAUCAAACCUUCAAAAUGAAGAGUUAUUAGAGAUAUUGUUAAAGGAAAUGAACGUUAUUAAUAGAGCGAUUGAUAAUACGAAAUUAUCAGAUGAUCAUUUAUCUUUACUUGUCCAUCUUAUAGCAAAGGCUUCUACUUGUACGGCACAUAGAAGGACACAGGAGGUCAUACAGCUGUUGAAUAUGCUGUCGGAUUCUUCACUGAUUACAACCAGGAGUAUUCCAUUGCUGGUAGGGGUAACAUGUAACAACUCUGGUGAUCAUGAUUUUCAUUGUUUAUUAUCCGAUUAUAUUACAAUACUUCAGGAAUUAUACAUACGUAUGCCUCAUUUGUGUACAACUCCACACGUUAUUGGACUGGUAGAAUUUUUGAAAGGACAAGUAAACGAAUGCGAUGAUUGCGAAGACAAACAUAAGAUGGUUGACUUUAUUUUUGAAUUGAAAAAUGACAUAAUGAAGAUCGCUGAAGAACGAUCAAAGCCAAAACAUGUUAAAAAGCAAGACAUUGAAGACCAGUUUACCCCUCCAGAGGAUUUCCGAACUAUGUCAGUCGUUCCUGGACAAAUCGAUGUUUUAUAUGAUCCCAAUUUUCUUAGACGGAACAAAGUUAACGGGACAUAUUUGAGUUUAGAUCAUUAUUUAGAUGUACAGUUUAGGUUGUACAGGGAAGACUGUGUGUCACCUCUCCGAGAUGCUCUUAUGGAGUUCAAACAGAAAGAUAGAGAAAUUCGGAGCGGAAAAUUUGGAUUAGAAAGUGGCCUCGUCUAUCGAAACGUGUCAGUAGUGAACCAAAGUACCUCUAUUGAUUCCGGGGAAGUCUUUGAACUACAACUAGACCCGACACAUUGUAAAAAGAUAAACUGGAUGAAAUCAAAGAGACUUAUUUAUGGUGCUUUAUUGCUUGUUUCUUUUGAUCGGUUCAACACAAUUUUCUUCGCCGUUGUAGCUGACAGUGAAAGAGAAACUUUACAAAAGAAAGGCUGCUUUACUGUACAAGUUUUUAAAUCUGGAAUUCACAACAAGCUUCCAAGAAAUGAAUGUGGCAUAAUGAUAGAGGCGACAUCUGCGUAUUUUGAAGCUUACAAACAUGUACUAAAAGCCUUACAGCGCAUUAAGGAGGACACCUUCCCCUUCCAACGAUAUCUUGUUCAUUGUGAAAAAGAUGUUGGUAUGCCAUCGUACAUUUUAAAAGAUUGUGUAUAUGAUUUAAGACCUUUGAUUGAAAAUUCCCGUAUUGGCAUAGAAAAUGCUCAACAUGGAUAUCGAAGAAUUGGUAUACCUAAACAGACACCUUCAACUGAUGUAAGGUUGUUUCAGGAAGACUGGCCGUCAACUUCUGUACUUAAGAUGGAUGAAUCGCAGAGGAAAGCGUUUAUUUCAGCACUUACGAAGGAAUUUGUGCUCAUUCAAGGUCCACCAGGAACUGGAAAGACGUACCUUGGAUUGCAAAUUGCUAAAGCAUUGCUGCAUAAUAGUAGCAAAUGGAUACAAAUGGAUUUCACUGGUGUGGAUGAGGAGGAUACACAACCUACUCGUAACUUUCGAAGACCUGAAGCAUUACCGAAACCGUACAUGUUAGUCGUUUGUUAUACAAACCAUGCAUUAGAUCAGUUUGUUGAAGGAAUUGUAAAUUUUAUGCCGGAAAAUUUAUUUGAUGGUCGUUUUCCCAGAGUAGUUAGAUUUGGUGCCCGGUCUAAAAAUCCAAAAAUUGAAGAACUUUCGAUCAAAAAUUUUCGAAGAAAAGCUAAGCGGGAAUUUGUAAAUCACCGAGCAGGUGUACUUGAAAAAGCAACAGCGGCUAAAAGACAAAUUAAAGAGAUCCGAGAAACAAUUGAGGCAUUACAAAGCAGAAACAUUGUUUUAUGGUUCGACAUUCUAAAAUUUGUCCUUUCAGAAAAUCAUGCAAAUCAGUUUGGAGACAGUAAAAGUGAUGGUUGGUUACAGUGGCUACAAGUGUUAGAACAGUCAUGGAAUAAAGAAGUGAAUAAGCAUUAUCAAAACCAACAAACUGACAAAGAAAUCAAAGAUCAACUUAUAGCAAUGGAGACUGAACAUAAAGAGGAAGAGUUAAUUACAGUGAUUUCUGAGUCGGAGCAUGCGUUCAACGAGCGGUACUUAGAGGUUGAUGAUGUUGAUUUUUCGCUCAAUACUGAUACUAUCGGUCUCGAUCUGGACAUGCAAUACGAAAAUCAGCUAAAGAGAACAGAUAAACUUGAGGAAAAGUGUAGAUUAAUUUUGCGGUUGGAAAAAGAGAAAGCAGCAAAGGAAUUGCACUAUGGCGAGAACAUGUCAGAGGACCAAGUCAUUAACGUAAAAAAUAUCUGGAUACUUUCGAUGGAAGAUCGUUGGAAAAUGUAUCGAUAUUGGUUAAUGCAGUACAUCAAAAUACUACAUGAACAGCUACGCACCAGUGAACAGGACUUUAAUGAGAUAUUUGACGACUACAUGCGUGCCAGUAGGGAAUUAGACGAAUUUAUCAUGCAACAGACAACGGUUAUCGCCAUGACUACAACCAAUGCAGCACGAUACAGCGAAUCGUUAAACAAAGUUGGACCUUUAAUCACAAUUAUUGAAGAAGCAGCAGAAGUACCAGAACCCCAUAUUAUAACUGCAAUUAGCUCACGAUGUAAACAUUUGAUUUUGAUAGGGGAUCACAAGCAAUUAGAACCAAAACCAGCUGUUUAUGAUCUUGCGACUAGAUUUAAUUUAUCUGUUUCCCUGUUUGAAAGAAUGAUAAAGAACGAGUUGAGUUACCACUGCCUUCAAAGACAACAUCGAAUGAGACCAGAAAUAUCUAAACUGGUACGCCACAUAUAUGAUGUUCUUUAUGACAACGAAAAUGUAUAUGAGUAUCCGCCUAUUAAAGGAAUUCAUAAGAGUUUGUUCUUCAUCACGCAUAACAAACAGGAAGCUUUCAAGGAUGAAGGAAGAAGUUUUUCAAAUGAAUAUGAAGCUGAAUACCUCAAAGAGCUAUGUCUGUAUCUGCUAAAACAAGGAUAUAAACCAUCUGAUAUAACGAUCAUUGCAGCAUACACUGGUCAGAUGUUCUGUAUAAAAGAAAAAAUGCCUAGAUCGAAAUUCGAAGGAGUGAACAUUUGUGUGCUUGACAAUUAUCAAGGCGAAGAAAAUGAAAUCAUUCUGUUAUCAUUAGUGCGCAGCAAUACCAAAGGCGACAUUGGAUUCUUAAAUCGGGAAAACAGAAUUUGCGUGGCUUUGUCAAGAGCUAAACAAGGUCUUUUCAUAAUAGGAAACAGCUCUACAUUGACCAUGAAGUCUCAGCACUGGCAGACUAUCAUUAAAAAACUACAAUUUGAAGAGGAAAACAAUGAUGAAAACGAAACAGGUCCCAAAUAUCCAUCGCUUGGGAAGGCGUUACCUCUGUACUGCCAAAAUCAUCCAUCCCACGAAGGAAUUCUAGCCGAGUCGCCUAGUGACUUCAAAAAAGUAAAAGAUGGAGGUUGUGCACUUCCAUGUGAAUUUCGAUUAUCAUGUGGACAUGCUUGUCGAUACGAUUGUCACCCAUUUGACAGGGAACAUGAGGCAUAUAAAUGCAAGAAACAAUGUACACUGGCUUGUGUAGAAGGACAUAAAUGUCGUAAGAGAUGUCAUUUUGGUGAUAUAUGUAGUUGUAGUGUAGUAAUGACACGGGAACUAAAAUGUGACCACACAGCUAAUCUUCAGUGUCAUGUGGAUUAUUCUAAAUACCCGUGUCCAGUUGAAGUAACAAGAACUUUAUCAUGUGGACAUCCUGCAACUAUGAAAUGUUGCAUCGAUCCAGAAACUAUUAUCUGUAAAGUUUUUGUUGACAGAGAACUAAAAUGUGGACACACAGCUAAUCUACAGUGCCAUGUAGAUUAUUCUAAAUACAUCUGUCCAGUUGAAGUAACAAAAACUUUAUCAUGUGGACAUGCUGCAACUAUGAAAUGUCAUGUUGAUCCAAAACGCCACAUGUGUGUCACAGUCGUAACAGGGAAACGAUCAAAGUGUGGACACGAAUUUGAACGUCAGUGUCAUAACGUCUUUUAUGAGGUAAUAAGUGAUUGUAAGGUUUUGAUAAAAGAAAAACGAUCAUCCUGUGACCACGUGAUUAAACGGUAUUGUUUCGACACCAAAGUUGAAAAGUUGACUAAGUGCAACGUUACUGUAACAAUGAACAGAACACCAUGUGGACACGAAUAUCAAAGACAGUGUCAUGACAAAUUGUAUGAGAACACUCAUAAAUGCAAUGAAAUUGUAACGAAACAAUGGUUUUCAUGUAAACAUGAAUAUGAAAGAUAUUGCUAUGAUUUUAAUUAUGUUGGGAGUCACACAUGCGAGAUUGUUAUUCCUGACAAAAGAGAUGAUUGUGGUCAUGAAUAUGUAAGGAAAUGUUCUGAUACGAAUUAUCAGACGGAAAACAAAUGCAGUGUCUACGUAGAAAAAGAUUUUCUAUACUGUGACCAUAAAAUAAUGCUCCCGUGCCAUCAAGAUGUCACGCUGGUUAAAUGUAAAGCAAAUGUUACCACUGUCUUCGAAUGCAAGCAUUCCAAGACACAUGAAUGUCACAGAAGUAAUUCAAUCAAAUGUACCGUCAAAUGCAUUGAAAUAUGCAAAAACGAUCAUCAGUGUUUAAAAUCCUGUCAUUUCCCGUUUUCCUGUGACUGCAGAGAGCUCAUCGAAACAAUUUUAGAACGCUGUCAACAUCAACAAAGUAUUCCAUGCUCAGCUGACGCUAAAGUAUAUCCCUGUAAAACUAUGGUGAAGAAAGUUCUUAUUUCAUGCGGCCAUACUCAGGAAAUGGAAUGCCAUACAGACCCCGAAACUAUAUCGUGUAAAUUUGUAGUCCUAAAAUCUUUGCCUAUAUGUAGACAUAUGAAAAUGGUUGUGUGUUCAGCAAAUGUUUCAGACGUAAAAUGUACCGUAGAGGUUAAAAUUAAGUUGGAAAAAUGCGGACAUUCAGCUACGAUAAAAUGCUGGGAGAAAGUAACAAACACGCUACCAGAAAUUAAAUGUUCAGAGGCUGUAGCUCACAUGCGUUCCGACUGUAGACAUACGAUAACUUUGCAAUGUUGGAAAAAAUCAAGUACCAAAAUACCUAAAUGCAAGAAACUCGUAGACAAGACACUAGCAUGUGGUCAUUUUAUAAAAAGCGUAUGCAGUGAGUCGAAGGAAAAAACAUGUGAUCAAAAGUGUGAAAUAUCAUUGCCAUGUGGACAUCCCUGUCCGGGGUCAUGUUAUUCAUGUCGAAUAAAAUCCCGCCAUAGUGAAUGCAAAAGCCACUGUGAAAAAGAAUUGUUAUGCGGUCAUGCCUGUCAAAGUAAAGCUUGUAUGAAGUGCAGUCCGUGUCAAACGUCUUGUGUAUUUGCAUGUCCACAUUCAAAAUGUCGUUCUAAAUGCAAUGAUCCGUGCGAACCGUGUAAGGAAAAAUGUCCAUGGGAGUGUAUACAUUAUAAGUGUACACAACUAUGCUUUGAAGAAUGCAACCGUCAAAGAUGUUGUAAUGACUGUGAUAGGACUUUGUCUUGUGGCCAUUUGUGUCCUGGUUACUGUGGUGAACCAUGUCCACUGGAGUGUGUGGAUUGUAAACCGGACAAGUAUAUUUUCAAAGAUACUAGUAAAUCUAACAAAAUUGUUACAUUGUUACAAUGUGGUCAUUCUUUUGAAAGCAGUUAUCUUGACGCUUAUAUAGAUGAAAUAACAAAUGACUUUGUUUCAAAAUGUCCAUGUUGCAGAGAAAUUAUUUGUUUUCAUCCAAGAUAUGAACGGAUUUUGAAAAAGCAAAAAAAUGCACUUGAAGAUGCUAAAAAACAAAUUGGGAAAGUACGAAUGAAUUCCAAAACGCUGUACCCUGUUUGUGAUGCGAGAAUGUUGCAAAUUUUUGAACAGUAUGUAACAAGCAUUGCGACAUAUCUUCUCAUUGCUCAGCAAACACAAUGUAAGAACGACUUUGAUUUGGAAUACAAACAUGCCGAGAUAUUGACCAAAUCUAUUCUCAAAGUUAUUGAUUCAACAAAUGAAACUUCAUUUAAAACUUGCUUACAAUUGUCUGAGAAAAUAUUUGAUUUGCAUGUCCAAUGGAUGCUGUGUCUUUUCACCACAAAACCAAAACUACUAGAAAAUUAUUACAAUGCCGAUUGGUUUCCGCCAUUGGUUAAGUCUAUGAGAAAUGCUUCACACAAUUUCCCGCCCGAACUUAUAGAAUCGAUGGAAAUCAUUUUAAAAGAAAAUGGUGGAAGAUUAACCGACACCAAAGGUCAUCUCAAAAUAACCGGCCAUGAUAUAGUUGUAGUUGUAAGUGUGAUGGAGAAACAAAUAAAAAAGAAACAGUUUAUUGAAAUAUUAAAACCCUUUAUUGCUGAUAUGGAAGGCGACGGAUACUUGGCAACUACAAGUCGAUAUCCCAAAUUACAGAAUGUGGUUGGCAUACAUAGCAGCGAUUGGACAAUAUGUCAAAAAGGGCAUGCUAUGUCUAUGAGCAUGGACAGCUCGUGUCACAGGUGUGAUGGUAACGAUAAUCAACAAACAGAAUUCGAGUACUAUGAUGCACUUCAUUUUGCCGCACAUGAACUAACAAAGCUAAGCAGCAAUAUAGAAAACAAGAUGUCAGUUGGCGGUGACGUUAGACAUACGAAUUCGCCUAAAAAAUUAAAAAAUCCUUCGAAAAACAAACUUGAUAGUGAACCUUGCCACGAUGGUCGCGGACAAAAGCGUAGAGGCCGUGGGAAGGGAACUGAGAAAAAAAUGCAGGUGAAAACAGGUACAAAAGAUGGUAAUGCAAGUCGUGUUGGUACCGAUAGAAGCGUAGAAUAUGAAAGAGACGGACAUCGAGAUAAUAAUCAUGACAAAGGAAGUCGGGGAUAUCGUGGCCGUGUUCGUCCUGAUGGUAGAAGUCAAGAAAUCAAUGGUGGACAAGGUCGUGGUAAUAACCGAGGUCGUGGUAGGGUUCGUGGUCCCGAAGACAACAAGCUUGGGAAUGAAGGUCCUGUUGGUAGAAGUCAAAAAAUAAAUCGUGGACCAGGUCGUGGUAAUAACAGAGGUCGUGGUAGGGGUCGUGGUCAUGAAGACAACAAGCUUGGGAAUGAAGGUCCUGUUGGUAGAAGUCAAGAAAUCAAUCGUGGACCAGGUCGUGGUAAUAACAGAGGUCGUGGUAGGGGUCAUGAUCAUGAAGACAACAAGCUUGGGAAUGAAGGUCCUGUUGGUAGAAGUCAAGAACUCAAUGGUGGACAAGGUCGGGGAAAUAACAGAGGUCGUGGUAGGGGUCGUAGUCAUGAAGACACAAAGUAUAAUAAUGAAAAUCGUGGCGGUAGAAGUCUAGACUUCAUUCGUGGACAAGGUCGAGGUCGUGGUAGGGGUCGUGGUCAUGAAGGCAACAAUGAUGGAGAUGAAAUUCCUGAUUUUAGAAGUCGCGAUUUCAGUAGAGACAGACAUCAAGAUGAUUCUAAUGACAGAGGAUGUGGACGAGGUCGUGGUGGAAACAGGGGAGGUCGUGGUAGGGGUCGUCGUGGUCGCUGAUCAAAACUAUUGAUAAUAAUAGUGUGUUUAGAAAUAUGUACAAUAGAUGUAUCCGAUGUAAUAGAUUUCUAAUAAUUCAGUUCAAAAUUUGUAAAUAACUUUUAGCUAGAAAGGUAAAGAUACGUUAUAAUUAUUCUUGGGAUACAUGGUUUUUUUUAUUUUAGGGGUAAAAGUUAAACGAUUUGACACUUUAAUAAAAUAAAUUUAUCUAUAUCAUAAAAAAAAUCCAAAUUAGUUUAUAAGUAGGAUGAUUUUUUAAAUUCACACUAACAAGUAUCGACAAAAUUAUUUUUUUUCCUCAAUGUGCGAAAAUUGCGUUUUCCAUCUUAAAUGAUUCAACAGUAUGCUUAAAUACAGUAAAAGUCCAAUUAUUUCUUUCAAGAUGAAAUGAUAUAAGAAUAUUUAGGAUAUCAAGGAAGUGCAUCGCUUUAAAUUGCAUGCUCUAAAAGUGUUUGCGCAGAUGAAUGUUUCGUCUUUCCAACAGUUAAAUCAACUAAGACUAUACCAUAAGCCUUGGUGAUCUUUCUAAUAAUUCCUCGUUUCAAUUUUCAUGUUUAAAAUUAGAUUUUUUUGUUGUCAAUAUUCAUAAAAUAUGUACAAUGCGCUAAAGUGACGAAAAAUAUCAGAUUCAAUUCCACUGUAUGUAGUAUAGUAAGAAAGAAAAAAAGCAUAUGAAUUCUGAAACAUUUGUUUCAAUUGAAUACAGUUUUUUUUUAAAUAUAAUUCAAACAUAAUUUAAAUAGUAGACGAUGAAAACAUUUAUUAAAAUAUGUUUUGUGUUUUAUGUGGUUUUUUUGUAAAAAAUAUAUACAGAAAGAGAGCGAACAAAUUAUUAUAGUCAAUUAUAUGCCUUUUUUGUACUAUUUAUAGAAUUCUUUGCUAACAAUAUGAUUAGGUCUUGUGAUAAACUUUUCCAGUAAGUUUUUGUUCUUCUAAGGUUUGAAAAAGUUAUCUAAAUUUAGAGACAACUAAAAGGUCAUACAAGUACUUUUAGACGAUCCCAGAAUAUCUGUUCAAUCUUUGUAUGUUGUUAUUAUUUGUAUGUAUCACAAAUAUCUUGUCUUGAUUGUAUCACAAUAAUAAUGUUUCUCAUUUGAUUUUUUGUUAAUUUUGUAAUUUCAGGGGGUUUGGUAGGUUGCCUUGUGGUAUUGUUGCUCAUUAUUGAAGGUCAUAUACAAUCUAUGUCAUUUGGUCCCUGAUGUAAAGUUGUCUCAUUGGCAAUCAUAGCACAUCUCAUUAUCUUAUUUUAAAGCAAUUAAGUCGUGAUUUUUUCCCCAAAAAAAUAUAUCUUCGUAGAUGUUAAUUAUGAUAAGUUAUUUUUGUUAUUCUUUAUGAAAUGGGGGUGAUUUGAAUGAUUAUUUUUUGUAACAAGUAAUAUUUAAAAACAUUCUCGAUCGUUAUUGCCAUUACUACUUUUAUUGAUGUGUGGUUGUUUUAAAUAAUUUGAGUUCCUGUUAAACCAUGCUAGACCGUUGGUUUUCCCGUUUGAAUGGUUUUACAUUAUUAAUUUUGGGGCCCUUUAUAGCUUGUUGUUCGGUGUGAGCCAUGGCUCCGUGUUGAAGGCCGUACAUUGACCUAUAAUGGUUUACUUUUUUUUAAAUUGUUAUUUGGAUGGAGAGUUGUCUCAUUGGCACUCACACCACAUCUUCCUACAUCUAAUUAUGAAUGCUACACAAGUUAUUUAAUAUCUGAUUUUUUACCAGACUUUUCGUAUGAAGCUUUAAUACAAUGUACAGAAAAGUAUCUUAACACAAAGCUAGACUAAGUGAUUAUUUUUUGUUCACCUACAGUCAUCGUAAUAAACUAUACAUGUACAAAAUUUCGAUUUUCUAAUAGUCAAUUUAAUUUGAAGAACGAGUUAUACUUAAAUGUAUUUGUUUUACCGUAAUGUUUUUUUGUAACUUACCACUUGCAAAGUUAUUACAAUUUUAACAAUU